AUGGGUUCAAAGAAUGUUGGGAAGGGAUUGAGGGCGCUUGUCAUCGUAGACGACCCCGCUACCGAGAUGGUCCAUAAAAUGCUGCUGAAGAAGUACGGACUGGAUGCUCAGGUGGCCAAGAACGGCGAGGAGGCAGUGGUGCUCCACCGCUUCGGCGCUCGCUUCGACCUCCUGCUCAUGAACAAGGAAAUGCCUGUCAAGGAUGGCUUCAAUGCAACUCGGGAGCUACGGCAGAUGGGGGUGAAGAGCAUGAUAGUUGGCAUAACUUCGCACGGGCCAGGUGUAGUUAGGGAUGAGUUUAUUGCGGCGGGAUUGGACGAGAAGUGGUUUUGCGCCUGA